CUCAGAUUCAUCUUCUGUCUCUGACAAUGCUCCUACGAGCCAGCUGGCAUCUUCACAAAAUACAUACUUAGAGGUCCGCUGGGAAAUACCUUUUUGUCUGAGGAUGGAGGUUGAAAGGAAAACCUCUAAGAGAUACGGAUCUGUGGAAUCUACAAAGUGGAACUCAGAGGACCAGGCUGCAGUUGAAGAAGUCAUCUCCAUGGCAGACUCUACAACUACUGUGGAUGAUAUUGAAGGCGAGCUGUUUAAGAUCGAGAGGAUUCGUGAGAUUCUGGUGAGGAGAGAGUCUGAGCUCCGGUACAUGAUGGAUGAUUUCCAGCUAUGCCAAGAAAUAACGCGACUCAAGAAGGACCUGCAGAAGCUGGUGUCUGUGCCAGAAAAAGACAAAACACAUGCGCAUCAACAGCAAGAGGAGGAGCUUCUGCAGCGCAUUCACAAGCUGGUGGAGACCAGGGACUUCCUUGUUGAUGAUGUGGAAUUUGAGAGAUUACGGGAGCGAGAGGAAGACAAGGAUAUGGCAGAAUUUCUGCAGAGCAAAUUAUCCAAAAGCUUUCUAAAGAAAGUAGCCCCCAGAAAAGAGAAGUCAUCUACCUCUCGUGCGCAGCAAUCUCCGGCAACAUACCCCACCAAAACUGGACUCACCAUGCUGAAAGAGUGCUGCGGUUUCACCUGUAUAAUCAUGUAGCAUCUUCGCUUUCAGCCUCAAGACCACCAACUAUUCAAGAUGGAGGCACUGUGGCACUGCAUUCUGAUUGGCUAACUCUGGGACAUUAUCUAUAUGCCCCCACAUCUUUUUACAACAAGGGGCUAUAAAGUGUGUGAUACUCAUGAACACUUCCUUGUGUGACGUAUUGAAGAAAGUGCCAUGUGUUUGUGUGCCAAUUUAAUUAAUUUAGCUCUCUUCAGGGCUAGGGAUCGUAUGGUGGGAAACUGUAACUACUACAAAGCAUGUAGAGAAGGGGUUAACUUGUGCCUACAGUAGCAUAAACAUCAAAAGUGCAAUUCUGCUUUAUUCUAUUAAUAUAUUAUAUUUAUGAAUAUAUUGUACAGUCUGUUUCUGUUCUGAAAUUGCACCCAUAUUGCUGUUUUCUCUAUUUGAAAAAAUUAAUAUUUUGUUGUCUGUUAUUUGAUGUGAAUAAUAUAAAAUUAUUUCUGUUCUCUGUU